AUGGCUCGUCGCGGCGCGGGCGGCGCACCCCAUAGCGCCCGGGCCGCCGCGGCCAGCCCCCUGCCGCCGCGCCCGCCAUUCUGGGCCCCGCUGUGCCCGCCGCUGCUGCUGCUGCUGCUGCUCCUGGGGGCGGCGCGGAUAGGCGCCCUGGAGAUCCAGCGCCGGUUCCCCUCGCCCACGCCCACCAACAACUUUGCCCUGGACGGCGCGGCGGGGACGGUGUACCUGGCGGCCGUCAACCGCCUUUACCAGCUGUCGGGCGCUAACCUGAGCCUGGAGGCCGAGGCGGCCGUGGGCCCGGUGGCCGACAGCCCGCUGUGUCACGCCCCGCAGCUGCCGCAGGCCUCCUGCGAGCACCCGCGGCGCCUCACCGACAACUACAACAAGAUCCUGCAACUGGACCCCGGCCAGGGCCUGGUGGUCGUGUGCGGUUCCAUCUACCAGGGCUUCUGCCAGCUGCGGCGGCGGGGCAACAUCUCGGCGGUGGCCGUGCACUUCCCGCCCGCCGCGCCGCCCGCCGAGCCCGUCACGGUGUUCCCUAGCAUGCUGAACGUGGCGGCCAACCACCCGAACGCGUCCACCGUGGGACUGGUCCUGCCGCCGGCCGCCGGCACCGGGGGCAGCCGCCUUCUCGUGGGCGCCACGUACACGGGCUACGGCAGCGCCUUCUUCCCACGCAACCGCAGCCUGGAGGACCACCGCUUCGAGAACACGCCCGAGAUCGCCAUCCGCUCCCUGGAUGCGCGCGGCGACCUGGCCAAGCUCUUCACCUUCGACCUCAACCCCUCCGACGAUAACAUUCUCAAGAUCAAGCAGGGCGCCAAGGAGCAGCACAAGCUGGGCUUCGUUCGCGCCUUCCUGCACCCUCCCGACCCGCAGCCGGGCGCCCAGACCUAUGCGUACCUGGCGCUCAACAGCGAGGCACGCGCGGGCGACAAGGAGAGCCAGGCGCGGAGCCUGCUGGCGCGCAUCUGCCUGCCCCGCGGCGCCGGCGGCGACGCCAAGAAGCUCACUGAGUCCUACAUCCAGCUGGGCUUGCAGUGCGCGGGCGGCGCGGGCCGCGGCGACCUCUACAGCCGCCUGGUAUCCGUCUUCCCCGCGCGCGAGCUGCUCUUUGCGGUCUUCGAGCGGCCGCAGGGGGCCCCGGCGGCCCGCACGGCUCCGGCCGCGCUCUGUGCCUUCCGCUUCGCCGACGUGCAAGCCGCGAUCCGCGCCGCGCGCACUGCCUGCUUCGUGGAGCCCGCACCCGACGUGGUGGCCGUGCUCGACAGCGUGGUGCAGGGCACCGGGCCGGCCUGCGAGCGCAAACGCAACAUCCAGCUGCAGCCGGAACAGCUGGACUGCGGGGCCGCCCACCUGCAGCACCCCCUAUCCAUCCUGCAGCCCCUGAAGGCCUCGCCCGUGUUCCGAGCCCAGGGCCUCUCCUCCGUGGCCGUGGCCAGCGUGGGCAACUACACGGUGGUCUUCCUGGGCACAGUCAGUGGCCGGCUGCUGAAGAUCAACCUGAACGAGAGCAUGCAGGUGGUGAGCAGGAAGGUGGUGACGGUGGCCUACGGGGAGCCUGUGCACCACGUCAUGCAGUUUGACCCCGCAGACCCCGGCUACCUCUAUCUGAUGACGUCGCACCAGAUGGCCAGGGUGAAAGUCGCUGCGUGUGCUGUGCACACCACCUGCGGGGACUGCGUGGGUGCAGCCGACGCCUACUGCGGCUGGUGUGCCCUGGAGACGCGGUGCACCCUGCAGCAGGACUGCGCCAACUCCAGCCAGCCGCGUUUCUGGACCAGUGCCAGCGAGGGCCCCGGCCGCUGUCCCGCCAUGACCGUCCUGCCGGCCGAGAUCGAUGUGCACCAAGAGUACCCGGGUAUGAUCCUGCAGAUCUCAGGGAGCCUGCCCAGCCUCAGCGGCAUGGAGAUGGCCUGUGACUAUGGAAACGACAUCCACACUGUGGCUCGGGUUCCGGGCCCUGCCUUUGGCCACCAGAUCGCCUACUGCAACCUCCUGCCGAGGAACCGGUUCCCGCCCUUCCCACCCAACCAAGACCACGUAACCGUCGAGAUGGCGGUGAGGGUCAACGGGCAGAACAUCGUCAGGGCCAGUUUCACCAUCUACGACUGCGGCCGUGUUGGGCAGGUGUAUCCCCACACAGCCUGCACCAGCUGCCUGUCGGCACAGUGGCCCUGUUUCUGGUGCGCCCAGCAGCACUCCUGUGUUUCCAACCAGUCUCGGUGUGAGGCCUCACCGAAUCCCACGAGCCCUCAGGACUGCCCGCAGAUCCUGCCCUCAGCCCUGGCUCCCAUGCCCACGGGCAGCUCCCAGAGCAUCCCGGUGCAUCUGGCCAACGCCGCCUUCUUCCAGGGUGCAGCGCUUGAAUGUAGCUUUGGUCGAGAAGAGAUCUUUGAGGCUGUGUGGGUGAAUGAAUCAGCUGUAUGCUGCAACCAAGUGGUGCUGCACACAACCCAGAAGAGCCAGGUGUUUCCACUCAGCCUCCAACUAAAGGGGCGGCCUGCCCGAUUCCUGGACAGCCCUGACCACAUGACAGUUACUCAGCACUUGAUUAUCGAGCAGCUCCUCUGGGCAGGCACCACACCCUCGGGGCAUCUCCAGGCCAGUGGCUGUGCAGCCCCAGUGGAGGUCUAUAACUGCGCCAUGGGCAGCCCUGACUGUUCCCAGUGCCUGGGCCGGGAGGACCUGGGCCACCUGUGUGUGUGGAGUGACGGCUGCCGCCUGCGGGGGACCCUGCAGCCCCUGCCUGACACCUGUCCCGCCCCCGAGAUCCGAGCGAUUGAGCCCCUGAGUGGCCCCUUGGAUGGCGGGACCCUGCUGACCAUCCGCGGCAGGAACCUGGGCCGGCGGCUCAGCGACGUGGUCCGUGGAGUGUGGAUUGGCAGCGUGGCCUGUGAGCCGCUGGCCGGCAGAUACACGGUGUCAGAGGAGAUCGUGUGUGCCACGGGGCCAGCCCCGGGGGCGUUCUCAGACGUGGUGACGGUGAACGCCUCCAAGGAGGGCAGGUCACGGGAGCGCUUCUCCUACGUGCUGCCCCUGGUUCACUCCCUGGAGCCUGCCGUGGGCCCCAAGGCAGGGGGCACCAGGAUCACCAUCCACGGCAGCGACCUCCAUGUGGGCUCCGAGCUCCAGGUCCUGGUGAAUGACACGGAGCCCUGCAUGGAGCUGGUGCGCACAGACACCAGCAUCACCUGCACGGUGCCUGGGGGCGCCCUGCCGGCCCCCGUGCCCGUGUGUGUGCGCUUCGAGCACCGGGGCUGCGUGCGCGGCAACCUCACCUUCUGGUACGAGCAGAACCCGGUCAUCACGGCCAUCAGUCCCCGCCGCAGCCACGUCAGUGGCGGCAGGACCAUCACGGUGGCCGGCGAGCGUUUCCACAUGGUGCAGAAGGUGUCCAUGGCCGUGCACCACAUCGGCCGGGAGCCCACGCUCUGCAAGGUUCUUAACUCCACCCUCAUCACCUGCCCAUCGCCCGGGGCCCUGAGCAACGCGUCAGCCCCUGUGGACUUCUUCCUCAACGGCCGGGCCUACGCAGAUGAGGCAGCCGUGGACGAGGAGCUCCUGGACCCCGAGGAGGCCCAGCGGGGCAGCAGGUUCCGCCUGGACUACCUCCCUGACCCACAGUUCUCCACGGCGAAGAGGGAGAAGUGGAUCAAGCACCACCCCGGGGAGCCCCUCACCCUGGUCAUCCACAAGGAGCAGGACGGCCUGGGCCUCGAGAGCCACGAGUACCGGGUCAAGAUUGGCCAGGUGGCCUGUGACAUCCAGAUCGUCUCCGAGAGAGUCAUCCACUGCUCGGUCAACGAGUCCCUGGGCACAGCCAAGGGGCAGCUGCCCAUCACAAUCCAGGUAGGGAACUUCAACCAGACCAUCGCCACACUGCAGCUGGGGGGCAGUGAGACCGCCAUCAUCGUGUCCAUCGUCAUCUGUAGUGUCCUGCUGCUGCUCUCCGUAGUUGCCCUGUUUGUCUUCUGCACCAAGAGCCGCCGCGCUGAGCGCUACUGGCAGAAGACACUGCUGCAGAUGGAGGAGAUGGAAUCCCAGAUCCGAGAGGAAAUUCGUAAAGGCUUUGCUGAGCUGCAGACGGACAUGACGGAUCUCACCAAGGAGCUGAACCGCAGCCAGGGCAUCCCCUUCCUGGAGUACAAGCACUUUGUGACCCGCACCUUCUUCCCUAAGUGCUCCUCCCUCUAUGAAGAGCGUUACGUCCUGCCCUCCCAGACCCUCAAUUCCCCGGGAAGCUCCCUGGUGCAGGAGACCCACCCACUGCUGGGAGAGUGGAAGAUCCCCGAGAGCUGCCGGCCCAACAUGGAAGAGGGCAUCAGCCUGUUCUCCUCGCUGCUCAACAACAAGCACUUCCUCAUCGUCUUCGUCCACGCACUGGAGCAACAGAAGGACUUCGCAGUGCGGGACAGGUGCAGCCUGGCCUCCCUGAUGACCAUUGCGCUCCACGGCAAGCUCGAGUACUAUACGGGCAUCAUGAAGGAGCUGCUGGUGGACCUCAUCGACGCCUCGGCCGCCAAGAACCCCAAGCUCAUGCUGAGGCGCACGGAGUCCGUGGUCGAGAAGAUGCUCACCAACUGGAUGUCCAUCUGCAUGUACAGCUGCCUGAGGGAGACGGUGGGGGAGCCGUUCUUCCUGCUCCUGUGCGCCAUCAAGCAGCAGAUCAACAAGGGCUCCAUCGACGCCAUCACAGGCAAGGCCCGCUACACGCUCAACGAGGAGUGGCUGCUGCGGGAGAACAUCGAGGCCAAGCCCCGGAAUCUGAACGUGUCCUUCCAGGGCUGCGGUAUGGACUCGCUGAGCGUGCGGGCCAUGGACACAGACACGCUGACGCAGGUGAAGGAGAAGAUCCUGGAAGCCUUCUGCAAGAACGUGCCCUACUCCCAGUGGCCGCGUGCCGAGGACGUCGACCUAGAGUGGUUCGCCUCGAGCACGCAGAGCUACAUCCUGCGGGACCUGGACGACACCUCGGUGGUCGAGGACGGCCGCAAGAAGCUCAACACGCUGGCCCACUACAAGAUCCCUGAAGGUGCCUCCCUGGCCAUGAGCCUCACAGACAAGAAGGACAACACCCUGGGCCGAGUGAAAGACUUGGACACAGAGAAGUAUUUCCAUUUGGUGCUGCCCACGGAUGAGCUGGCAGAGCCCAAGAAGUCCCACCGGCAGAGCCACCGCAAGAAGGUGCUACCAGAGAUCUACCUGACCCGCCUGCUGUCCACCAAGGGCACGCUGCAGAAGUUUCUGGAUGACCUGUUCAAGGCCAUUCUGAGUAUCCGUGAAGACAAGCCCCCACUGGCUGUCAAGUACUUCUUUGACUUCCUGGAAGAGCAAGCAGAGAAGAGGGGGAUCUCAGACCCUGACACCCUACACAUCUGGAAGACCAACAGCCUUCCUCUCCGGUUCUGGGUGAACAUCCUAAAAAACCCACAGUUUGUCUUUGACAUCGAGAAGACGGACCACAUCGAUGCCUGCCUCUCAGUCAUCGCGCAGGCCUUCAUCGACGCCUGUUCCAUCUCGGACCUGCAGCUGGGCAAGGACUCACCAACCAACAAGCUCCUCUACGCCAAGGAGAUUCCCGAGUACCGGAAAAUCGUGCAGCGCUACUACAAACAGAUCCAUGACAUGACUCCGCUCAGCGAGCAGGAAAUGAACGCGCACCUGGCGGAGGAGUCACGGAAAUACCAGAAUGAGUUCAACACCAACGUGGCCAUGGCAGAGAUUUAUAAAUACGCCAAGAGGUAUCGCCCACAGAUCAUGAGCGCCCUGGAGGCAAACCCCACAGCCCGGAGGACGCAGCUGCAGCACAAGUUUGAGCAGGUGGUGGCCCUGAUGGAGGACAACAUCUACGAGUGCUACAGCGAGGCCUGAGCCUGGGGGAUGGCAGGACGGGCGCCCUCCCUCGAGUUCGCUUUGUCCCCAGUGCCUCGGACUCCGGCUGGGAAACAACGCAGCACGAGGGGCCUCUCUGAGCCAGCCAGCGGAGCCCCCAGCCCUGGCCCCUUGGGCACCAUCCCCUCCCACCUGCCCCCAGACCCGGCUCUGGGCUGGGGGCUCAAAUGCUGCAGCCGUUCCCCGGUAAGGCUCCCACCGUCCACCCAGCACAGCCUGGACGGCACCCCACUUGCUCUGCCCUGCACGGCCCAGUGCUAACGAACCCACCGAUGGGCGAACAGGCCACCCGGCCCUGAGGUCGCAGCCGGGAACACUACCUCAUCCUACCCGGUGGAGGGGAGGCCCCUUGAACCAGCCCUCAGCUGGUUUCCACUUCUUCAACCACCAAAAUGUUGUCCCCUUCUCUACUCACCUGCAGAGGACCCUGGCCACACGCCAUCCAGCAGUGUCAGGUUUCUGUUCUUGAGCGGCCGCUGGCUGAGUGGGCAGCAUCCACCGCCCGCGGGAGGCUCUGUGCUGCCCUGGGAGCCGGGCGGGCAGGGGCCGAGGGGACAGGUGCUGGGCGAUCCUGGUCUCGAGGGAGGGGAGGGGGCUGAGUUGCACCGAGGCUGUAGCUGGGCUACUUGAUCUUGCUGGAAGUGUUUCUAAAGAGAGCACCACUUUUUGUUGUUGUUUUUUUUAAAAAAAGCUUUUAUAUAUUAAAAAACUUAUCGCGCGCCAACUGUGAAUAGCUGCCACUAGUGCAGAGGACCCGGGGAGGGGUCCCGAGGGGCUCCCAGCGCAACACUGGAAAUGACUGUUCCAGGGGACAGGCAGACCUGGCAGAGACCCCCCGCGCCCUGAGAACACCGUCCUUUCUGUUCUGCCAGAAGCGGCUGGCCGGGGCCGACCCAGCCAGUGCUGGGACAGGUCGCAGACCUUGGGGCUGGGCUGGAGGGGGAGGCUGGGAUGCUCUGGAACCUUCUUUAUAAUAAAAGCCUGAUGGGAAAACCUG